GAGGAUGAGGCUGGUGGUGUCAUGUGUGCAGGUGUGGCUCCUGCUACACCUGCUGCUCCUCAGCCUGGGGCAGAUUGUAGGGUCUGUGGGAGAGAUAACAAGCCUGAAGAUCAAUGCCAACAUUGAGCAUCGCUAUGCUGUCACGCAAGUAACCACCGCAAUGAAGAAUACUAAUGGGCGUUCAGCCAAGCUACAGUUUCAGACUGCGAUGCCCAAUGCUGCUCUUGUCUCCUCCCUUAUUAUGGAGAUAGCUGGCACCAAUUACACUGGCAUCAUCAGGAAGAAGUCAGCAUCCAGGAGGAUCUACGAGAUGGCUCAGAUGAAGGGAAAAACUACAGGUGUGGUGGAGCAAGUGGAUGAUGCUGUCCAGAAAUUUGUAGCGAGCAUCAAUGUGGCUGCCCAUGAGACGGUCACCUUUUACAUGACUUAUGAAGAACUGGUGAAGCGUGUGGAUGGUAGCUACCUGUACUCAACCUAUAUUCACCCAGGAUAUGUAAAUAUUUUUCAGCGAAUUCCUAUGGUCAACAUCGAUGUCCACAUCAUGGAAAGAGAAGAAAUCAUUGAUUACAAGAUCCUUGAAAUGCCCGGGCAAGAAAUAUCGUCCCACAAUCCUGGAACAAAAGUACAUGGUGGGCCCAUGAGCCUAGGGGAGCUGUAUCUCCACUACCACCAUGAUGAUCCCCAUGAUGGUACUGGCAGAGGUGUACAGGGAGUCUUCACUGUAUCCUAUGACAUCACCCAUUACCCUGAUGGUGGCGAAGUACAGCGUGUUGGUAACUACUUCACACACUACUUCUCCCCAGAGGGACUGCCAAAGAUACAAACCCACACAGUGUUUCUUCUUGAUGUUUCUUACUCAAUGCACAGUGGCAGAUUAGACGCUCUGCAGACUGCCAUGGCAUCAAUUUUAAAAGGACUGGACGUAGAAGACACAUUUGAACUGUUGGCCUUCUCCUCAGAUGUGGUUAACGUUGGGUCAUUCAGUGGUGAGCAUCAACAGGUCAAGAAGGGUGUACGGAAAGUGAAACGUCUGGUAUCCAUGGGUUAUUCAAAUCUCAAUGCUGCAGUACUGCAGGCAAUCAGAACUGCUAAUAGUUAUAAUAAUCCACAGGCUAUUAAACAGAUAGUAGUGUUCACAGAUGGACAGGCCACCAGCGGUGUGACUGAUCCAGAAACUAUCCGUAAAAACGUGAAGGAAGCCAAUUCUCAUAAGCAUCCCAUAUUCAGCUUCAUAUUUGGCAAUAACGACAUGAAAUUGCUUGAGCGAAUCAGUCGAGACAGUUCUGGGUUUGCCCGCUAUACGCACCAUGGCUCUACUUUGGCAAGUCAGAUCAAGGCCUUCUAUAAGGAGAUAUCCAAACCAUUACUAAAAGGUGUGGAUAUUACGUACUCAGGAACAAGUGUUGAUCUAACAACUGUAGUGAGGCCAGGAAUCUCAAACUACUACUCAGGCCAGGAGUUUGUAUUGGCUGGUCUGCUAAUCCCAGGGGCAUUAGAAGUUCACCCAAUAGUGAAUGGCAUGGGAAAAGAUGGUCCCUACCAAUUCCCAGUAACCAGAGUUGAUGCACGUCAUCCAUUCCAUACUUCGUUAACAAACAACUUUACAGCGAGACUAUGGGCAUACCUCAUUGUGAAGGAUCUACUUGCCAUUGCUGAUGCUUCCGAGAAUGUGAAUCAUACCCAGGAACUCCAUGCUCAAGCCUUCCGUAUUGCUCUCAGGUUUGGUUUUGUAACCCAACUAACAUCCCUGGUAGUUGUGUAUCCCGAUGAUGAGUACAUUGUGGUUUCCCCUCAAGACCAGCUCCACCGUGAAAGGAACCGGCAUCCUAAUAACUACUAUGAAUCCUCCAUUUCGGGUUAUCGACGAACUGGUAGAAGCAAUAUUCGUGGUAAUAGACCACAAGAGCAAGUUGACCUGGACCCUCACUUCAUAGUGUACGCUCAAGGACUAGAAUUACCACUCUGCUUUGACUACCAUGGCCACAACGGAGCCAUCAUGAACCUGAUCAGAGACCCAGUCUCAGGUAUCAUUGUAAACGGUCAAGUAACAUCUUCAGCUGAAUGGCCAAGAUUGACUUACUUUACUUCAUUGUUCUUCCGUCUUGGCAAAGUUAACAUAACAAUUACUCCUGACCGCAUGGAGGUAGAUUGCCUCGGAGAAGAUGGAACACGUCAGGUGAAAAGCAUCACUAAAUCUUUGUGGCCAUUCUAUAAAAAGAAUGGUAGAAGAUAUAAGCACGGGCCAGACAAGAAGCUCCGAACACUUCACUCAAAAACAAGGCAACCAAUGAGCCUAGCUGGGCAGAAGAGAGGGCUUGGAAUUAAUCAUAUUCCUCAAAGCAGCAAUGUUCACCACACUUACAUCAGAACUAACAACAAAAUUACCAACAGGCCUGACAAUUAUUUCUCAUAUAACAAAAUCAACAAUCAAAAUAAUGUGUAUGGUAGGGAUUUUAGUAAUCGACUGAAGAGGUUGGACGACGAGGACAGCAAGUUCUGCCAGCAAAAUUCCACCUGGGAAGAAGGAGUGGGAAGAAUAUAUGGAGAUGUCAUGAUUGUUUUAAACAAAAAGCAGAAUCUGCAUGUGACAAUGGGAGAUGGAUUGGCUCACUUUGCUGUAGUUCGUUCAAAAAACAGAAGUGGACAACAGUUUCUUGGCUUCUACAUCAAGGAUCAACAAAUCUUAUCAGCCCAGACACAUGGAAUUAUUGGUCAGUUUACCACUAAGAGUGUUAGGCUGAUCUCACCAACUACAUUAGCAGUCAACAGAAAUAACAACACUGAGAACACGGUGAAAGUUGAGGUAAAUAGGCGUACCAGGAAGAAUAAGCACCGACUUUCUCUUGUAUCGGGUGUAUUAUACAAACGUCGCUCUCUACUGGAAGAAACACACGUGGAAUGUAUCCACAUUCCUGGUAAAGGCCGUGGCCUUCUGGAUGGUCAACCUAAGGACUACCUGUUGAACUGUCUCCAUUGCUGAAUGAAAUGCUUGGAUAUUCUCUAAUAUCUUCUAUUAAAGAAGAAUUGAGAAUUCAAAUGGUUUUGAAGCUUUAACUUGGCACAUGGCAUUGCCUUAUGUUGAGGAUUUUAAACAACUUUUCUCAAAUUAAAAAUACAAAUCAUGGAAUAAUUUCAUUAGUUUUUCUCAAAGUAAAACUGUGACUGUUUUAUGAAUACUUGUACCUGGUGUGCCAUGAGAUAUAUUUCAUUGCUCUUGUUAAUAUAUAAUUAAUGCUCAAUAAUAACUCCCAUGGAGACAAAUUCAAAAUUGGUGUGUAUAUUUUGGCCCCCUCUUGGGGUCAGUGGUGUGCAGAGGGGGUCAACAGGGUGUUGGCCCCAGGCAUCAUUCAAAUGGGGACAUCCAGUCAGAGGGGUAAAUAAGAUAGCAAUUUUGAAAUUUCAUUGGUGAUAAAUCAAUUUUUGGAGGCUCACCGCAUUACAGAGGCAGUUGUUAGCCCUUUAUUCCUUUAACAUGGUGUACCCUUGCUGUCCAGAGAAAAUGGUGCCCCUCCUCAGCCCCCCCACAUGCAUGCUCAUGAUGUACGUGGAGCAUCCAUCAGAAGCAACAAGCAGACGUGGCUGCUUGAGAUCUUCAAUGUCACAGGAGCAACUGACCAACCUGGCUUUAAUAAGCAUUGAAAAAAAUUUCUCAUAGCCGAUGUAAAAAAGUGUAGUAGUUCGUGUUUUGUGACAGGAGGUAUCAUUUGGGGAAAAGAACUUAAUAAACUGUUUAUUUCAUGUUUCAUCUGUGUUUACAUACUCAAAAUGUCUUUGUUUCUCAUAAUAUUUCUCAGUACUAGGCCUUAUACUUGAGUCUUUGGGGCAUACAAUCAAGGAAUUGGCCCCAGGCAUCACCAGAACUGCACGCCACUGCUUGGGGUACUCUUCAGGAGAUACAAAAAUGAAAGGAAAACUUGAGUUUAUAGGAAGGUUGCAUCUCUCAACCGUGCAGAUGAGCAUGGACAUGACACUCAUUCUCACCUGCAUGGUUGAGAGGCACAACCUUCCUGUGAGUUCCUAUUCUCUCAUUUUUGUAUCUGCUGAAGAAGACCCAAGCAAAGGGUCAAAAUAUACAGACCAAUUAAUUUUCUGAGUUUUUCUGGGUUAUUAAUUGAUUGAGCAUUGACAAGUGUUCAUUACUCUUUAUUAAUAAUUGGUAAUUUCAUUAAAAUCUAUAUAUGUACAUACAUAAAUAUAUAUUUUGGAAUACUGUACAGGUAUAUUAAAAAAAUGUAGUACAGUAGUUAGGAGGUAAAUUAUAAAACUUAAAUUUUAAUUAUAAAAAAUUGUCACUUUAGUAUCUGCAUAUACAAAGCCUAUUUAUUGUGCCUCCUAGUUUGUUAGGUGUAUGGCAUAUCUUUGCUACUUAAUGUAGCUGAAGGUUCUAGCCAUGGUGUUUGUCAUAAUCAAGCUGCACCUUCCACACAGGAAAGUCUAUACUGUACAUACAUAUACUGUAUACACUCGUGAAAAGAACGAAAGAUUGGUAUGCAUAGAUAAUAAAUUUGUGCAAUACAAUUUUUCUAAUUUUAAUGUAAUUGUGACUGUAAAUUACUGUGAUACAAGAAAAGGUUAUGCCUUCUCUUGUUCUUUUUUCAGUAAUCCAGUAGGUCCCUGACUUAUAAUGUUGCAUUUUAAUACCAUAGUACUUUGGUAACUGACAUUCAUUUUUCUGAUGUGGAAAUAGUUAGAAUUUAAUGUAAAGUAAAUCUUAAGUAAUUUUUGCCAUUUUACUGAAAGCAUUUAUACUUAAUGUUCACAUAGAGCAGACAUUUAAGCAGGAGCUCACCAUCCCUCUCAGUUAUACUAAUCACUUUCUUACUCUGUACCCAUCCCACUCCUGUCUCACUUCCAUGCUCUCCUCUUUCUGACAGUCCAGUUGCUGCCACCCCAUACACAUGUAUGGUGCUAAAUGCUCUUAGAGCAGAAGAAAGCUCUAAACCCAUAGGGGUCAUUUUGCACCUGGGAAAGAGGAGGCAUUAGAUUUGAUCUAAGGGAAUAAAUCUAGUUAGAUUAAUAUCCUCUCAACUGCAUCACUAUCUCCCCUGGGGGUACUUAAAAAAAAAAAUGUAGAUUAUUAUUACUCAAGAAUGCAUCUUUAAUUAUAGCAUAGGUGCCUAUGGGAAAAAAUAGGUUCCUGUGUACCAAUCAAUCAACUUAACAGUUUUGAAGACUGAAGUAAUAUUGUAAGUCAGAGAUCUACUGUUCAAAGGCACUGUAGACUAUUGAUUCACCAGAUGCCUCUUAAACAUUAUACUGCACUUCAGGGAUUUUUUAUUAUUAUUCCCCUUACAUUUCUCUAACAUUUCCAGCACUCCUAUUCAGAUUUCCCAUCUUUGUACUACAUUUCCCCGAUGUAAAUACAGGAAACAGCCAGGGAAA